AUGAGGCAGCUCUCCGACAUUGGCAUCGCCGUCAUCCCCAACGUCCUCAGUCCCGAAGAAUGCGAAUCGCUGCGGGCCCAGACCUGGAGGGGACUCAAGCACAUCACUCGCAACGAGUUCGACCAUGAAAAUGCCAGCACUUGGUCUCAGUACCGCAGCAUUCUCAAGCCCUUCAAAGACAUGCUGCUGCACCGAGGCGAUAUCGGCCACCUGCAGUCGCUGUGGGACGUCCGCCAGCACCCCAACGUCGUCCAGGCCUUCUCCCGCCUGUGGUCCACGCCCCCGGCCGAUCUCAUCUGCUCGUUCGAUGGGCUGUCGGUGCACCUGCCGCUCCCGACCGACAUGCAGGAGGAUGCCAAAGGCGAGGAAGCCACCCGAGUCCCAGGCAAAGGACUCCAUGUCGACCAAGGCCGCACCAAGCCAGGCUUUCAGUGUAUCCAGGGUCUGGUCACCCUGUAUGAUGUGCACCAUGGCGACUCGUCGCUGCAUCUCAUCGAGAGCUCGCAUCUCCACUACGACGACUACUUCAAGCAAUACCCAUUCCGGAACGACAACGACUUUGUCUUUAUCGAUCACCCCGAGUUCCACCUGAACCGCGGCUGCCGCGAGACUUUUGUCCAGGCCGCUGCCGGCUCGCUGGUCCUGUGGGAUUCCAGGCUCGUCCAUGAGGGCGGCUCGGUGCUGCCCCAGAGCCUGCGAGCGAUGCCCAGCAACCCUCGCAUGGUCUUCUAUGUCUGCAUGGUGCCGCGCGAGCGGGCCUCGCAAACGGAUCUCCAGAAGCGCAUCGAGGCUUUCAAGAAUCUGCAGACAACCUCGCACUAUCCGGUACCUGUUCGCAGCUUUGGUCCUCCACGCAGCCACAGGAGCUUGAAUCCGGUGCGGCGGCCGCUCUUGACACCGCAGGGCAGACGGCUCAUUGGUUUCGACGAGUGA